UGAAACAUUUCUCGCAUACCGACGGUCGAAGGGCUGUGCACUGUCAAUGGCUCGCAUCGGAGUGCUGGUAUUGGCUCUGGCCAUCGGACUGAUGUGCAUUCAAGACAGUGAAGGCUGGCGACGUCGCCGUAGCAGCAACAGCGGCCUUACGAUUCAACAGAAUGCGGUGGAAGAGCCGGAUGGUGUCGACUCGGAAAAAGUUGAGGUUGACGCGAAAGCGAAUGAGAUUGACGUGAAAAUAGGAACGGUCGAGAUGGUGAAAGAGAAAGCAGAAGUCCCAAACAUUGAAGAAUUGAACGCGGCACAAACAAAACGUAAAAGGACAAAAAUGAAAAAUAAAUGCAGCAAGAAUGAAAAAUGAACGCAGCAAGAACGAAAAAUAAAACAGCCUUGUGCGAAGUACGCAGCAGGGAGUCUGGUGGAACGCGUGCCCUAGUCACGGCUCAACGCAGUAGGGGUUCAUUUUUCAUUCCAACGCGUGCUGCUGAUUGGAAGGGAAGGAGUAGUUCUCGACGACUUUCGCCCUAGGAUGAUCUCUUGCAAUUUCGCUCUAACGAGAAGGAAAUCUCCCUCUCCCCCCAAAAGUACAUAAUCAAUCUCAGGAGCGAGCAGCCAUUGCUGAUGAGCACAGUACAUAUAUGCAUGCUAAAUGAUUUAAUUUAUCUAUUACCACAUAUAGCAACAAUCUAGCUAAAUCUA